GAGCAGAAACAGCGCAGCUCUCAGCCUCUUCCAGUCCGACGGUCCGCCCCGCAACAGGAGCGAGAAAAGUGACUGGGAGACAUUUCCAGAGAAACAAAGAGAUGAAAUUCAGAAGUGAGCCUGGACUACUGCCUGAUUGGAAAAGAAACAUUUAAGAAGUCACAGGACCUUCUUUCUUUCUUUCUUUCUUUCUUUCUUUCUUUCUUUCUUUCUUUCUUUCUUUCUUUCUUUCUUUCUUUCUUUCUAACGGGGUGAUGCGUCCCGGUUCUGCUCUCUGGACUGUACCUGCUGUGAUGGGGCGAGUGGUGAGAUGAACAGCGGGCAGUGUGGGGGUGCCAAGGGCGCAAGAGGAGGUCUGGACGCAUAGGCUGCAGGGGGAGAGAGGGCUGAGCCUGCCUCAUGUGUCGGGGUUCCUCUGUGUUCCGGUCCCCACCAACCCCCAUCCUCCCAGCAUCAGUGGGAUGUCCCAGGUGUGUCUCCUGUUGGCCUUGCUCACGCUCUGCAGCUGCAUAAAGGUCUCCUCUGCUAAUUCUCUGGAGCUUGUGAAGAAGCAGUGGAGCAGCUACAGGAACCAGUGCCUGGACUACCUGAACGCCACGCCCCCUGCCACAGGGCUGGUGUGUAACAGGACCUUUGAUUUGUACGCUUGCUGGCCAGAUGGACACCCAGGAUCCACAGUCAAUGUCUCCUGCCCAUGGUUCCUGCCAUGGUACCGUAAAGUUCAGCAGGGUCUGGUCUACAGAGUCUGCACCGAAGACGGUAAAUGGGCCAAAAAGAACACCAGUGAAUGUGAGGACGACCCCGGUGAGCAGCAGUAUGGCCGCAUCCUCAGUCAGUUACGCAUCAUGUACACGGUGGGCUACUCUCUCUCACUGGGAGCUCUGCUGCUGGCCCUGGGAAUCCUCAUCACCUUCAGGAAACUCCACUGUAUGAGGAACAACAUCCACAUGAACUUGUUUGCCUCCUUCAUCCUGAGAGCGGUGUCCAUCCUGGUUAAAGACGCCCUGCUGACCCUCACUCUGGACCCAAGGAGCAGCAAUGACACCCAGACACAAGCCUGGGUCAGCAUACCGGCUGUGACGUGGUGUCGUGGUGCCAUGGUGAUGAUGCAGUAUAGCGUAAUGGCCAACAACUAUUGGCUGCUGGUGGAAGGUAUCUAUCUGCACAGCCUCCUGGUCAUCACAGUGUUCAGUGAGAAGAAGUACUUCUACAUUUACCUCGCCAUUGGCUGGGGUGCACCACUCAUUUUCGUGUCGCCAUGGAUCACAGUGAAAUAUCUGUACGAGAACGAAGAGUGCUGGGAGAGGAACAUGAACAUGGGAUACUGGUGGAUCAUUCGCUGUCCUAUACUGUUUGCUUACCUGAUCAACUUCUUCAUUUUCAUCCGAAUUAUCAAAAUCCUGAUGUCUAAACUUAGAGCUCAUCAGAUGAGAUAUACCGACUAUAAGUUCAGACUGGCAAAGUCCACUCUGACGCUCAUUCCCCUGCUGGGGAUUCACGCCAUCCUCUUCACCUUUGUCAUCGAUGAGUCCGUCCCUAAAGGCUCCAUGCUGCGCCUCAUCCGCCUCUUCUGCGAUCUGCUGUUCAACUCCUUCCAGGGCCUGUUGGUUGCAAUCCUGUACUGCUUCGUCAAUAAAGAGGUGCAAUCUGAGAUGCUGCAAAAGUGGAAGAGGUGGAAACUGGGUAAGGACAUUGACGAGGAGUACCGGCACACCCACAGCCACACGCCGCAUGUCAAGACCGGCAGCAUCGCCACCGGCAAUCUGCCCGAUCUCCACUGCAACAACGGCAGCGAGCCCAGCGGCAACUUGCUUCACCUCAACAAAGCUGACCGAGGCCCGUCCUGCUCGGCCGCCCCUGAGGAAAACCGCCAACUGGUCGUCUCCUACAGCAACGGGACGGGAAAAGGCAAACCCGCCAAGAGCAAACACAUCCUGCAUUUCUCUUUCCAGCCACACCGAGGCACCGCCAGCACCGCGACAGAACACGUGAGCCUGGAAGAGAGGGUGCAAUACCGAUCAUACUCUCUGGAAGGAGAGGAAACUAAUGUGUGAUGACGCCAUUCCCCCGUCGCGAAAGCUCUGAUUGUGCUUAUCGGUGUUUCAGAUCAGUGUUUAUUAUGCACCAACAAGUCAGCUCGAGUGGAAAACGGAAAUAACCUGCAUGGAUCAUGAUGUUCACUGCUGACUAACAAUGCAGGAAAUGCUGUUUAACCUGCAUAGCUGCAAAUGAGUAUUUUCUGGUUUUGCGACCUUGAGGAAAAAACUUACUGACUUCAGACAUCAGGAAUGCUUAAAUAAAUUAAAAUGAAACUCCAGUGGUGUUCAGUGUGUGUGUCCAUAUGGAGGACUGCCAUUUUAACACCGACCCUGAUCACAACCUUCCAUCUGUCCGGCUGUUUGUGUGUCUGUUUGCAGCAGUGGACGCUUCUUUUUGGUACACAACAACCUCUCGAUGUCAAAAUAAGAUUUUUUUUCCCUUUUCAUUUAUGGUCUUAUGAAACUGAAUGUGGACUGCAGUGUGUGUGACGCUUGAUGUCUUCUUCACAGAGGGUCGGGAGAUCGGCAGAACUGAGCGAUUCGUUGGAGACCACAGAAUCUUAUGAGGAGAAUCAAUAGGAAGCUUUUCACUGCAGUAACUAGAGGAAGGUGAGAAUGGCUCCCUAAUGAAGUUCUUCUUGUGGGUGUAGAUAACUAUAGCUUCGACUGCAACGUUCAGCAGUGGAGGUUUGUUUUAUUAGCAAAUAUGAUGAAUUUUACCUUGUUGAUGCCAACGUUUGAGAGGAGAGGACUGCUACUCGAUGAGGACAGAGUUAAACCAAUCAAUGUGGAAAUCUGCAUAGCAAUUUUUGAGUGUGGCUCAGAAGUACCUUUGAUGGACUGCAUUCCGAUCACAUACUUAGUCUUUUUACUUUAAAUACACAUACAUACUACAACUGCCCUUAUUAAGUACAUACUGUUUCAUGCAGUAUGCACUGAAUUUGGAUGUACUGCUUAAUCGUAGCAAUCAUAUUUACCUGGGACCAUUGCAAUCUAUUGUGCGACAUUAGUUGUCAUCUGUCUGUGCGCUUAUGAUGGUUUAUGCCAUUAUUUGUACUUGUGUGAAACUCCAUGGCAUAUGUGACAUAACUAUGCAGAGGAUUAUGGGUCAGAAUGCACAGACAAGUCGUGCUGGCUUGCAUAUUGCAAGCUCUAACUGGAUGUAUAGGACAUCCUGGUAUUUUUGUCAUACUGCAUUUGACAUUUGGAUACUACAUCUUUUUCUGGCAUGCAGUGUAGUAUGGUAGUACGGAUAUUGGAAUGCAGCCUCAGCACGAUCUACAGGGUCUUUAGUUACAGCGUGAACAUUGACAAAGGUUCCUAAAAUCAUCUGCAAGUUUCUGCGGUGGAAAACAGUCUAAUGUCUGCCACAGUGAGGCUGCUUCAAUGACGAUGGAUGUUUUUAUUUUCAGAUAGACUGUGCUAUAAUGUUUAAAUUAUUGUGGUUUGAAUGACCAAAGCCAAACAAGAAAAUAAUAAUAUAUGACAGGUUUUAUAUCAAUUUCUUGUUUUUCUUGCUUUUCCUUUCUUUUUGUACCGACACCAUCCUUGCAACGUGCAUUUUUAAACAUAUUUUCUGAUUGAAUGUACAAUGGAACAAUAUGGGUGAAAAUAUUUUAAUGUACAUAUGUAAUUAGAAAUACAUAUUUUAUUCAUACCACCUGAAUUUAAUUCUUGAUUUGCCUUCAUGCAUACUCAGAGUGAAGAUCAAUACAUGAUGCAGCGACAGGUAACUGGAGGAAAAGCAGUUUGAUUUUUAGUGUUUAACUUCAGUGAAAGUUACUCCAGAUCACUGUCAUCACACUGUUUUUCUUCAUUGUUCAUCUAGCACCACAUUUAUUUUAAUGAUACAGUAUUCUUCAGAAAGAAGAUAUGUGCACCCAAUAUACAGUAUAUACAGAUGGCAGAAGUUGUUUUAUAUGACGAGGAAGGUUUAGUAUUUAGUAGGAUGUGUGACUAAUACUUUGUGUUGUACUGAACAGCCCAUUAACAAAGGAGGAAUGACUUGUUUUAUUUUUUUUCUCCUGCAAAUAGGAUCAGCAUUCAUACCUUCUGAUUCAGAGUAAACGGUGCCAUGCAGAACCUCUUUUUGUGUUUUAGGAAAUAAGAAAUUAACUGGAGCCAGCAACAGUUUUCACAAAGAGAUCCAUAAUUGACUUUUUUUUUUAAAUCAAGAACUGAGAAGACCUAUUAUACCUGAAGUGAAUGAGAGUGUGCUGUGCAUUGUAAAUACUGAUAAAAGAGAGUAAUAUAAAGACAGGUGGGUGAGGGGGGCAUAUUGUUCUGUGUUUUUGCUUUCAGUGCAGGUGAUGAAAUAUGAAAAUAUGACUAACUAUUGUGAGAAAAGUCUCCUGUUUCACAAAACAUGAUUGUAAAGAUCAGAUCCUGUCUUUCUACUGAAACUAUUGCUGUCAGAAGGAGCCUAAAGCAAACAAUGUCAGUGAGAGAAAGCAAGAUGUUUUGUAUAAAAGCCAAAAUUACUGUAUCUCAUAUGUCUCUGUGGAUCCAAUUAAAAAGAAUUCUUUCAGCAAA